CCGGGGUGUGUCCGCGCGCCGGAGCGGGCGCGGCUCCCGCGGCGCAUUUCGCUCCCCGCUCCUCAAAGAUGACGAUGGCGGCGACGACGACGACGACGGCGGCGACCGCCAUCGUCGCGCUUUUGCUCGGCAUGUCGGGGUGGCGGAGCGCGGCGGCGCGGGACAUCCUCCCGCCGGGCCCCGUGGACGCCGCGGUGGGCAAGAACGUCACCCUCGUCACCCUCCUGCAGAAUCCAGAGUACUCGUUCAUCAUCUGGAACUUCAACGACGGCCGCGAGCAGAUCCACGUGGCCACCGUGGGCUCCGCCGGACUCAAGGUGAACGCGCCCUACCUGGGGCGCGCGUCCGUGGACGCCACCAGCGGCGCGCUGCGGCUCAGCGCGCUCACGACGGGCGACAGCGGAGACUUCAGCGUCAGCGUCGUGAACGCGGACGGCGGGACCGAGACCGCCGAAAUUCGGUUGCGCGUGCUGGAACCGGUGUCGGACGUGCUGGUGAGCGCUGACUUGGCCGAGGCGGUGGAGCACAACAGCACGCUGGUCCUGUCCUGCGCCGCCAAGGGAUCCUUCCUGCGGUUCACCUGGCUCAACGAGACCGAGCCCAUCGACGACGGCGAGCGGCUGUCCGUCGCGCAGAGCGAGACCAGCAGUCAGCUGAUGAUCGCGCGCAUCCUGCGCACCGACCUGGCGCGACCCAUUUUUUGCAGCGCCGCCAACCAACUGGACACGGAGAAGAGCGCCCCCUUCAGCCUGCCCGUCCACUACGGUCCGGACGAGGUCACCGUCACGGCCUCCGACCCGUCCCCGUUCGUCCGGGCCGACUCCGACUUCAACCUGACGUGCGCGGCGGGGUCCGCCCCGGCGGCCACCUUUGCGUGGUACCAGAACGAGACCCUGAUGGACUCCGUCGGAGCCGUGCUGCCGCUGGAGGCCGUGCGGCGGCGCCCCCUGUGGCGGGAAAUGAGCCAGUACACGUGCAGAGCCGCCAACGCCAAGACGGGGCGAGUCGUCUCGUCCCCCGCCGUCUCCUUCGCCGUCGUGGAAGCGCUGUCGGGCGCGCUGCUGAGCGGCCCGGCCCCCGACGCCGUCCUCCUGGCCGGCGAGCACUCGGCCAACCUCAGCUGCCGGGCGGCGGCGGGCGUCGCGGACCGAAGGACGUGGCUAAAGGACGGCCGGCCCCUGGCGACCGACGGCGGCCGCGUGAGCGCGGCGCCCGACGGCUCCUGGCUCAGCUUGGCGCCGCUGCACGGGGACGACAACGGGCGCUACGCGUGCCGCCUCGCCAACGCCGUCAGCGAGCUGGAAGCCGUCUACGAGCUGCUGGUCAACUACGGACCCGAGGGGGCGACGGUGAGCGGCGAGAGCGCGGUGGAGGUGGGCGACGCCGUCACCCUGCGCUGCGCGGCCGCGUCCGUCCCCCCCGCCAACUUCACUUGGACGUUCAACGGGACGCUGAGCGGCGUGGAGACGCCCACGUACGCCAUCGCCGAGGCCGUCUACAAGAACGCGGGCGCUUACGCGUGCCGGGCCCACAACGCCGUCACCGGCAAGAACGCUUCGUACACGCACAGGCUGGCGGUCAAAGAGGAGGGCACGCUGGACGAAGGCCUCUCGGACGGCGCCAUCGCGGGCAUCAUCAUCGGCGUCCUGGCCGCCUUGGGCGUGGCCGUCGGGGUCGUCCUCUACUGCAGACAGAAAGUUCCGGUGGAGUCGCCGUACUAGCGGGCGUCGCGCACGCAACCGGAGCUUCCAGUCCAAACGCCAAAGUUGCGGCGUCUCCCCGCUGCAUUCCGGACGCACCACGCCGACUUUUGGUCCGUGGCGGCGCCCUCUUCCUCGUCCUGUCCGUUGUCUGGUUUGUCGUCUUCAACGUGAACGCCGCCGCCCGCCUUGUUUCCGCCCCGCCCGCUGCUGCGACUCCUAAAAACCUGACGUCCGUAUUUCUUUAUUUGCCUCCACAGCCAAGAGCGGUUUUUUUUUCCCCCCACACUUGACCACCAAAAAUCAUGAAAUGACCAAAGUGAAAAGGUGUAAUUCCACUUCUCUCCCGGAGGGGCAGCACUAAGCAACGCGCUCAAUCCCAGCAACCUUUAAACGUGAACCGCAGGGGCACCCGACGGGUCGAGCGAGCGCCGUCUUCUCGUCCAUCUCCGAGGCACUUCCGGUCGAUUGGUGAACGAGCGGCAAAAAUGUUUUUAAAAAUCCAUCCGUCAUCGCUCGAUUGAGGCGUGGGCGACACGUCGAGCGAUCGACCGAUCCGGGCCACUUCCCGACGUGUCGCUGCUAGCAAGAUGGCUUCCUACGGUGUCGCUGCGUUGCCCCUCCCCCGUCGUUCCAAAAUUGACUCGUGGUAAAAGAUGCUCCACGCAAAUAUCACCACAGUCGGGCUACAAAUUCGAACAAAUGUUGCUCCCCCCCUCUAAAAAUUAUUAAGUAUUUUCUCAAAGCAGGCCCGACAGAAGGGGGGGGGGGGGGUCUCUGUUUAAAAGAAACAAAAAUGAUUUCUCUUGUCCCACGGGCGCCAUUUUUUAUGGAGGGUCAGCACACGAUUUGCAGGUUCAGCAACGUGGCUCGCGUGUGCGCGACAUUGCUGAACCUGUGACCCCUGACCCCUGACAUCCACCCCGCACACAUGCGCGGAUGCAGUGGGCGGGGCUGUGCCGGGACUUGGCGGGAAAGCAGCGUUUCAUUUUUUUGUACAUAUGGAUUUGGUCUUUGUGUGAGCGCUGAAGUAUUUAUUGUGUGAAAAGCGGCGGCGGCGGCACGUUGGCGCUUUGUCACGUGACCUGUCGAUCCACACCGCCAAGCGCGGCUCGCUUCCACGAGUUGUUUUUUUGUUUUGUUUUUUUCAUGGCUUUGAAGACAAAAUGUUUGCAUUUUUUGUUGUGGGUUGAAGAGAAUAAAAAGGGAAGUCGUUCCCCGCUUUGACACAAAGCCACCAAUCGGAGUGCGCGUGUGUGUUUGAAGCGGCCAAUGGCAGCGCGAGGCGGCAACCGCGCUCGAGUCCCGACACGGACUCUCGGGAAUGUGUCGGUCGCCGUGACAACCAAAGACCUUUUUUUUCUGAUUUGUGCAAGUUGCUCCACGUGGCCUCCAAAGCUGGUUUUUGGAAUCGCACAUUCCUGGCUGGCGUGUCGGCGCUCGUCGCUUUUUGUUUGGCUUUAGUGCAGUCUUCUCUUGGUGGCGGGGGGGGGGGGGGGGGGGGGACAGACCGUGCAUUUCCACUUUGUUCCUCAGGAGGCGCCACUGAGUGGUCUCUCUUUUUUUUGUCCUCCUCUUCCGUCCACGACUUUAUCCGUCCAGCGGUGGACAAACGUGACUUUGGAUGUGAGACCGAACGACUUGCGGGGUGCAAGCAAAUGUCCUUACCGGUUGUUGGCCACCGGAGGGCGCACAAGCAACAUUUUCUGUUUCUCAGCCACAUUCCGUGCAGAUCUACAAUGAAAAUAUUGCUAAUUGUCGGAGGCCACAGACGUGCUCGAAAGACCUGAAAGCGGUUGAACUUUUUCCAGGACUGUAUUCCAAAGCGGCUUUUUUGGCUAUUUUUUCGCUUGCGCUCGACGUUUCCCGUCAAACUGCCACAUUUUAGUAAGUUAUUAUUAUCUCGUGUGACUUGAAGCACGCGUGAUCGUCAAGAUUGUAAACGAGCUGAAAUGUGAGCCUGAUGUGUCUGUGUGGAUUGUAAUAUUUCAAAAUGAGAAGCCUCUUGGAUUCAAUGUGAAAUGUCUUCAAUAAAUAAGAAGAUGCAAC